UCGCUCGCUCUAAUUUCGUCACCCCACCCAUCGUCACACAGCAGUCUUUCUUUCUUAUUUGGUUUUGUAAGCGCCUUGUAGCGAUUUUGUGAAUUUUAUUGUUACUGUUAAAAACUGAGAAUGUUUAUAUUGCUGCACCGUUCUAAUAUUUUUUACUACAAACAUAAACGGAAUUCCUAAAGUGGUGUGAAUUUUGUUGUGAACAACAUAAUAUUUGUGUAGUGAAAUUCAUUAUCGUAUAACAAGGACAAAAACAUCUUCGUAGUGUAGCUCAAAAUGGCUGCCCCCAAUAAACCAUUGAAAUUCGACAAAAUAUGUCGUGCUUGUUUAGAGAUAAAAAAGGACAUGAGACCCCUGUUUGAGCAACUCACGGCUACAAUGUUGAUGGGCAUAACGAAAGUGCAGGUGGCAGUGGGCGAUGGUCUGCCUGCACAGCUGUGUCUGCAAUGUGUGCACCAGAUAUCCCGGUGCCACGCCUACAAGGACCUCGUCGAGAGAAACGACAUCGUGUUGCGGGAAUAUGCCGCGCGUAUGCAGGAAGAGGUGUUCAAAAGAGAGAGAGAAGAGAAAGAAAAGUUGCUGAACAUGAACUGCCAGGACACGUACAUGCAAUAUAUGGAGGUGCCGCUGACGAAUGCCAACCAGAUUCUGGACGGUUUCUUUGCCGGAACGCCAGAACAAACGCCGACAAAUGCCCCAGAGCAGGAGACGAAAAUUGAAUUCGUUGAAGUGGAAAAAGCAGAAACAACUUCGCCUGAGAAUCAAGCAAAGGACAAAGAAGGUCUAAAUUCAGACGAAGAGAAUUAUCUUCAGAUGGUUUUGUUUCAAGCGACGGCCACGAUGCCUCCCGGGCGCCAUGUUUGCAACCUCUGCCAUAAGGAGUUCAAGCACGCUCGGUGGCUCAAACAACACAUGCGCUCGCACACCAACUGGAUCAAAGCUAAUUGUAAAAAGCCACAUUUGUGCCCGAUUUGUGAUAGGGUUUUUAAGGGUCCGGGUAUGUUGAAAAUGCACAUGCGUACGCACGAACAGCGGCCAGCGAAGCAGCCAACGUGUUCAGUGUGCCAGCGGACGUUCCCCAGCAAGACGUUGCUGUACCGGCACCGGCAGACUCACUUCGAGCAGAAGACCCACCUGUGUUCUGUCUGCGACAAGCGGUUCUUCAGUGGGUACGCCCUGCGGUCCCACAUGGCGCGACAUCGCGGGGAGCGGCCCUACGUGUGUACCACGUGCAACAAGAGCUUCUACAACCCUACUGAUUUGAAGGUUCAUUUUCGUUUGCACACGGGCGAGAAGCCCCUCAAGUGUAAUGAGUGCAACAAGACGUUCCGGCGUCACUCGACUCUGUGCCAGCACAUGAAGAAGCACCGCGGCAUACGGAACCACGUGUGCAAUGUAUGUAAUAAAAGCUUCUAUGAAGUGUCCAAGCUCAACGCACAUAUGAGGAUCCAUACUGGAGAGAGGCCAUACGAGUGUCAGUUCUGCGACCGUCGUUUCGCGCAGAAGUCUGCCCUGAUCUACCACAGCCGGACUCACACGGGGGAGAAGCCGUACUGCUGCAAGGUCUGCUCCGCCAGGUUCACCACAUCCUCCGCCAGGAACAACCACAUGCUUACACAUACUGGAAACAAGAAGUUCGUGUGCACAAUAUGUAUGAAGGGCUGCACGUCCCGGUCGGAGCUCCGCGUGCACACGAGCAAGCACACGGGGGACAAACUGUUCCCCUGCGACCAGUGCGGACAGAGGUUCAGCUCGGCCUCCUACCUCGCCGUGCAUCGCCGGUACCAUACCGGGGAAAAGAAGUACCACUGUCCUGUCUGCGGGAAAGGUUACGUAGAAUCUAGUUCAUACAAGAAACAUGUGAAGUCCCACGGCGCGGCGGCCGCUAAGUCGGAGAGCUCCUCGUCCGCGUCGGAGCCCCCGGAGCACCCCGAGCCGGCCGUGGAGCGCCCCGCUGAUAUACCGCCUCCAAUCGCUGAGGAGUCUACUGAGGAACAAAACCAAGGUCAAGUAGAGAUCCAAGUGCAUGAGCCCCAGCAGGUAACGCCGCGGGGACGCUCGCUGCAGAAGCUGUUCCGGUUCAAGUGCGCCUUCUGUCCCAAGACCUACAUGUACCUACACAACCUGAAGAAACACACCGCCGUGCACUCGGAGGAAAUGAAUCGAAACGCCGAACAAAUCAUUCUAAUGCAGCAACCGCAACAGCAACAACAACAACAACAACAACAGCAACAACAAGUGCAAGUCCAGCAACAACAGAUGCAGCAACAUCAAGUGCAACAACACCAAGUACAACAACAGGUCCAGCAACAGGUGCAACAGCAAGUUCAGCAACAAGUACAGCAACAGGUGCAACAACAGGUGCAGCAGCAGGUGGCGGCGCAGCAGGUGCUGCAGGUGGGCGGCGUGCCCCCGCUGGCGCUGCACGCGCAGGGCAUCGUGCAGCCCCUACAGACCCAGCACCCGUACCCGGUGAUAUCAUCAGUGCAGUCUCUACAACUGCAGCAAAGUCAGCAGGUUAACGCGCAACAGCCGCAGCAACUUCAAGUACAAACAAUACAGAUACACCCACAACACCAGCCCAUACAGAUACAUGCGGUGGGCGUCCAGCAGGUACAGCAGCAACAGUUGCACGUGGCCACAUCGUCCUGCCAGACCAUGCUGCCAAACAUACUGCAGUUACAGCCGGCGACGGUGGCAGUGUCGGGCCUGUCCCAGCAGGAGCUGGGCGGCGUCACGCACCGCAUCAUCCUGCAGCCGCAGCCCUCCGCCGGCCACCCCGCUGUCUACACCAUACACCACUGAAGAU